AGACACACGAGAAGCUUCUUUUUACUUUCGAUUUAUUCUCGGUCCGUCUGAAAAGUGACUGAGUCGUAGGAAUAGAAUCGUCUAUAAAGUCUAAACUCUGAUUAUUGUGCUGUGAUAUAUAUUUUAAAUUAAUGGAAACUUAAAUCAGGCACAGGCACGGACAGCGGAAGGAUCACCGGGGCCUGGGGUUUUUGACGCUGGGCGGAAAAGGGUGUAGCCGAUCUGAAAGAAGUUCCUAUUUCGUGUUGCUCAGCGGAAAUAGACUCAGGGAGUGUCCGCUUCACAGCUCGUGUUCUGAGGCUUAUAUGAAGUUUGAGUCUCUCCGGUUCUGAGUCGUGGACAUGGAUGGACACUCGAGUUCCGGGCCCGUCAUGGUGCUGCUGCUCGCCGCCCUCACGAGCUCCGCGCUGGGCCAAGGUCCACUGUACUUCUCGGACGGCGAGUCCCUGGUCCUGACUCCCCCGAAGCACGGAUCUGUCAUCACCAGCGUCGUGUGGACCCACAACACGAACCUGGUGGUGGAGUGGGUGAAUAAUGAGCUGGAGUUCUACAGGUUGUUCAAAGGACGGACCGAACUGGACCAGAGCACCGCAAAGCUGACCGUCAACAAGGCCACGCAAAGCGACGCGGGAGAAUACAAGGUGGAGAUCAACAACGUGAUCCAGCCACAAGUCUACAAGGCUACUGGGAUCAAGAAGGUGCCCAAGCCCGAGGUGGUGGUGAGGACCCCGUCAUGUGGUCCCACAUCCGGGAACUGUAACUUCACCUGUCAGGGAGUCACCGCCGGGACUCAGCCCCUCACCUACAGCUGGAGGAUGGACUCAGGUGAGUGGGAGCAGGGGCCGCAAACCAUAAACCUCCUCGCUGAUGAGAAGACGAAGCUUGUCAAACAGAUCUCGUGCAGUAUGAAGAACCCAGUCAGUAAAGUGGAGAGCGACCCUCUUGAUAACCCAAUGCACAACCCGGGCCCAGAACCUAACAAUCAAGGCAAGGUGGCUGCAAUUCUAGUGCCCAUCGUGUUUGUAGUAUUGGUUGGACUUGGACUUGGAUUUUGGAAGCGAGAAGCCAUCAAGAAGUUCUUUGCAGGUUCAGAUACUUCUGGGGCGGUCGGGAGUUCUGCUUUAGCUGAAAUAGAUGGAAGUCCAUCUGUUAAUCAACCCCUGAAAGAAAAUCCAAACUAGAGAGAUUUACCUUCCUCCACCAAGGCCAUCAGUCUGCCUCUCUAUGAAACAGAGAGAGGAAGAAAAAAAGCCAAGAUUGGCCCCAAAAUGAAUUGAGCUCUUCCUUAAGUCGUGCCCCCUCCCUCCUCUAAACUUCACAGGACUCUGUUCAGUGGUUUCUUCGUGUUUCUGCUAACGAGCAAACGCAAGCAAAACCACGACCUCCGUCCAGCUAAUGAAGCUCCAGCAUCACAUCUGGUCUCUGGUUCCUUCAACAACUCAUCUCUUCAUCCCUGAAUUCUUCCUGCUGCAGAGGACUUUUCAGUUUUUAUAUAAAGUCACAACAGCAGAGCUGAGGGCAGAAGCUGAGACAUUUUAUAAUCUGACUAUAUUGUCCUUAUUUUUUUAAGCAACCACCUGUGUACAGCCUGUAGCUGCAUGGUAUUUUAAAUAUGAGAUGUUUAAGAAAAAUAAUUCAGUAACUGCCCGUCUCAAUUCAUAGUGUGUCAGUGGUGGAAGAAAUUAUGCUUUUUUUGAAACCAAAGUAGUUAAAACAAAAGUUUAGAAAUAUUUAACAAUUUUAUGUAAAAUCAGGGAAUCAAAAUGAACUUGAGCUGCUUUCAGACCUUCACUAAUCUGAUAUUCAGAUUAAAUGUUCUGUAUGUGAGAACAAAUGUCAGAGCCAGUGUCUCCCUGCAGCCUCUGAGUAAAAGGUCUUCAAAAAUAAUUUGAAUUGAAAUGUUGAUGUGUGAGGGAGAGUCAAUUUUAAUGACAUCACAUUCCUCAACUUAGCCUGUGAAUUAAUAACUUAGACACGUUUCCAUGGACACCAAUAUUCUGACAUUAACCAGAAAAAGACAAUCUGAGUUAGGUACUGCAUGUAAAGGGCAUGUUCUGAUGAAUUGACCCUGAAUGAGAUCAUACUCAGACAUAUCAAUUAUCAAACUAAGAACUAUGGAGUAUUCUGACUUUAGCCUCAUUAUGUUUAUGUGUUUAUCUCAUUGUAAUGUCCCAUUUGAGGUUUCACAGCAUUUUGUGUGACAGUUUCCAACUGAUGACAACAUGUGUCCUGGAUUUGAGUGUGAACAAGAUUAAAAAACAAAGAGCAUUGUAAAGUUUGUUAAAACCAGACAGAAAACUCUCAGAAGGGUAAAUGAAAGUAUCAGGCAUUAAAUAAUUCCAGUUUGGAGUUUUAAAAUUCUAGUGGGAAUGUCAGACAAAUGACAUAGUGGACUCAAUGUUGACAUGUGACAUCAUCAGUUUAACAAGUCACCAGGAUUAUGAAUGGAAUAUUCUAUUAACGACGUGGGUCAACAUUAUAUUCAUAUUAUUGUCUUAUUCUUAAUAAGGCCAAUAGUCAAUGUUUUGGUGUCCAUGUAAAUGCAAGUACCAAUAUAAUAACUUCCUAUUCGAUAUGUUGAUGGAGUAAUCAGAGUAUUAUUGUGAUGGAAACUGGAAUGAGUACUUCAAAGUUGUAAUCCUGAGUAAAUGAUCUUCAUUAUCUUCCACUGCUGCACAACUGUGACCCAACCAUGUAAACUGAAGGUGAAAAUAGUUCCUGGCUCAUUAUGUGCAAUUUUAUGUUUGUUAACUAAUGUUUCUUCCUUUUAUCAAUUUUUAUCCUUCACUUGAGGCAGAAUAAUUGAAUGUAUUUUUUAAAACUCAGCUUGUCGCGAGUCAGAAUCAUUUUUCUGAUUAUUUUUCCCGCAAUAUGCACGUACAGGGUCAAUGUGAAACAUUAAGACACAUGUGUGUGAUUAAAUUCACCAACCAAGUCAUUAUCUAACCAUGUCUUAUGCACUGACUGCUUAAAGUUAAUCCCUGUCUGCUCUAAAAAACCACUUCCUCUCUUAACAAACUGGAUAUCUGUUAUGAAAACCUCCAUUUUGUCUUUGUUAUUUAUAGUUUCUCGCAUUUAAAAUGUUUUACGCUGUAGAGUUGUGUGCCUUGAAAUAAAAUUUCUUUUGUUGUGAUAGUAUAAA